AUGGGUUCUAAUGCAAGUAUUAUGCUUCAACAAGAUGACUUACAGAAUAUUUGUCAACAGACAGGUUUUGCUGUUAAACAAGUUCAACGUUUAUAUAGUCGUUUUAAAACAUUAGAUAAACGUGAUUGUGGAUAUUUAACACGUGAAAAUCUUUUAUGUAUUCCAGAAGUUAAUAUUAAUCCAUUAGGUGAACGUUUAAUUGAUGUUAUUAUGGAAGAUUAUGGUGAAAAUAAUCAAAUUAAUUUUAAACAAUUUAUUUUUCUUCUUGCAAAAUUUCGACGUGCUAAAUUUAAAUCAUCAAUUACAGAAUAUAAUACACGUGAUAGUAAACUUCGAUUUUUAUUUGAUAUGUAUGAUAGAAAUCAUGAUAUGAAAAUAGAUCGAAAUGAAUUACUUGAAGUUCUUAAAAUGAUGGUCGGUGGAAAUAUACAUGAUGAUCAAAUAGCAACAAUUGCUGAUCAUACAAUUAAUGAAUUAGAUACAGAUGGAGAUAAAUCAAUAACAUUUGAAGAAUUUUGUAAAACACUUGAACGAAUUGAUGCUGAUGAUAAAAUGAGCAUGAAAUUUUUAAGUUAA